AUGCUUGACAAUAUCAUCAAUGCUGACAUUGCAGCAUUACUAUCAUGGGUCUUUAAAGCUUUUCUGACUGUCCAAUUUGCGAGAUAUCUUCGGUAUGCCAUCUUUGGAGAUGAAGUGAUGAACAAGAUUCCCACCAUACCCGGAAUGUCCUUCUUUCAGUUUGUAGCCAACGUCACCAGCCCAAAAGGACCAGAAUUCAUGAGGGGAGUUUGUCAGCAGACUGACUAUACCUUUCGGAUUCCGGGGACACGAUGGAUAAUGGGCGGUGAAGCUGUGGUGACUGGAGAUCCAAUGAUUGUUCGGCCCUUCCUUGAGAAUGGAAAGAAUCAAGAAAAGGGCAGUCGUGCCUAUGCAUUGUUCGAUACUUCCGCGGGUGGGGUUACCUUCUUUUCUGCUUCGGGUCAUCGUGGAACUCAUGUUCGAAAAUCAACGGCACCAGCAUUUUCUUCGAGCAACACACAGCGAAUGACUGUAACUAUAGAUGGAAUCAUCAGUGAUUGGAUUGAAACGAGGCUCGAACCCUUGUAUGUUCAAGCGAAUGAGUCGAUAGAUAUGGAUCAAGAGAUGAUGAUGUUGACUGCUGACGUGAUCUCUCAGGUUGGAUUUGAACACACGUUUACUCCCGACGAGAAGGAAGAAUUUGUGAAUAAACUACGGAAAAUUAUAGACGUCAACCUUGCUCGAAGGAAGAAUCCCUUAAAAAGGGGAGAACGCUUUGCGUUUUUGUUUGCCGACCUUCGGGCCGCCAAGAAGGCCACAGCGGAGAUGAUCGACAUGGGCAAGGCAAUGCUGCAAAAGUCCCGAAAGAGGCACAAGGAAGAUUCAGCGAAUCCAAAUCAUGAGACUUCUUUGGUUCACUUGAUCGCAUCUGAUAGCGAAUACGAAUCGGAUGAUGAAAGAGCCAGAGAUAUUCUCGUAUUCUUUUUUGCAGGAUUCGAUACCACCGCCCAUUCCAUUGCCUGGACACUCUUGGAAUUGGCCCGAAACCCAAAAGAGCAAACAAAACUGCGAGACGCCCUGAAGCUUUGGCAUGAAGAUGGAGAUUCGAAGAGAGUGGAUGCGAGAAAUUGUCCACAGGUGAAGUAUGUCACCAAGGAGUCGCUCCGACUCCAUCCACCAGCACCCAUUGGAGGCUACCGUAUCCUUGGGGAGGAUAUGAAGGUACCCCACAAGGAUAUGACGAUUCCAAAAGGGACAGUGUGCGGAGUAGCAAUCUAUACGCUGAUGCGCCACGAAUCUGUCUUUGAGAAUCCCGAUUCCUAUGUUCCAAGCCGGUGGGAAAACCCAUCCGAAGCGAGUAUGAAGUCCUAUAUGCCAUUCCUCGUGGGCCGUAGAAACUGCAUUGGACAGGCUCUCGCCAAUGCGGAACUCACAGGUGUCGUUGCCAAACUAUGUGCGAAGUACGAAUUCGAGAUUGCAAAAGAUGGGGCUAGUCACUUUUCCGUGACAAUGCAACCGCUAGGAAGUCGACUGAAGGUGAAGCGUAUUUAA